CAGUUAGAGCGGACUGUACGGAAACGCGUUGCACGAGUGUAUUCUUUAGGGCGGAUGGUAUUUAACUUCCUGCUUGCAUCGUGAAUACACUUAGGAGAAUAAUAGCAAUGGAUUCAGAAUGGGUGCUCAAUUUUUCCAAUUUUACUACGUUAUUUGUGUGCAUGGUGCUGAAACUUCCACAGAUAUUUGCAGUUGUUUCUGCCAAGUCUUCAGCCGGCGUCAGUUUGAAAAGUUUGCAGCUAGAACUGACAGGGUACUUGGUGUUCCUCUCGUACCAGAUGUAUUAUAACUACCCCCCUGCAACAUAUCUGGAAUAUCCCAUCCUUAUUGCUCAAGAUGCAGUUCUACUGGUGCUGAUUUUUUAUUACAAUGGGAAGCUAAACCACGGCCUCAUUUCUGCUUUCAUAUAUGCUGCUGGAUGGCAUGCUCUUGCUUUACAUAAGUGGAUUAUUGAUUUGGCCAUGAGCUUAUGUACCUUCAUUAGUGCUGCAAGCAAAUUUGCCCAGUUGCAGAGCCUAUGGGAAGCUCAAGAUGCUGGCCAAGUAAGCGCUUUGACCUGGGGAAUGGCACUGUACACCUGUCUGACAAGGAUCGUCACCACCAUAAUAACAACGGGCGACCUUCAAGUGCUUGCACGCUUCAUCAUAUUGGCUACUCUUAACGCUGUGGUUACUUUCACCAUACUACGCUACAGAAGAGUUGGAAAGAAACAGCAGUGAGUUUGUGUUCAUCUUCAUCUGCCAUCUUGGAAACUGUGCAUGGCCUUUUUGACAAAUGAAACAUUCCAGCGGCCAUAUUCUCAGCACAGCAUUAACUGCGAUAAGAGACAUCUGGGUGGGCACUGUACCGGGAUUGUUACAAUUUAAUGGAGAAAAAAAUGUAAGCAUAUGAAUUAAUUGUAUUGCUUUCGUGUUCAUUGUUUAAAAGAUUACAUUUUUUUGGCAUCUUCAUGAUAUAAGUAUUGAAAUGUUGUAAAAGCUGUUACCAAAUGGACAUUGACCAUUUUAAUCAUUAGGGACUUGCAUUUUACCUCUUUUCUAACUUAUUUUUAUUUUGCAGCUUGCAAAGCACUUUGAACUCCACUUAUGCGUGCAGAU